AUCAGUCUGUCGUUGUGCCUCCGUGAGGUCAAACGUGUCCAAUCAUUUACGUCUAGUUCUUCGCAUUCACAAUGUUCGCAGUUAUAUUGUUAUUAGUUGUGUGCUCAGUGUUGCUUUAUUGGUGUCUGAAGACCAAUAAUUAUUGGACAAAGAGGAAUAUUAUACAAGUUGACGAUAUGAUGCUCAAGUUUUUGUUCAGCAAACAUUCAAUGCCAGAAAUUGCUAAAGAUAUUUACGAUAAACACGACGGCCGACAUAUUGGCAGUUCGUUAGGUUCCAAACCAAUGUUGAUGUUGAAAAAUGUUGAAGACAUCCAAGCAGUGCUAGCUGGCGACUUCCAAAGCUUCCACAGCCGUGGUUUGGUACUAAACUCAAAUGACCUUCUGGCUGACAACGUAUUGUUCAUGAACGAUUUCCAGAGAUGGAAAUUAACCAGACAAAAACUGACACCAGUGUUUACUAGUUCUAGACUCAAAAAUAUGUUCUAUAUCAUUGAAAAAUGUGCUUGUGAUUUUGUAACUUUUGUGGAAGACAACCCUCAGUUAAGACAUAAGCCUUUCGACAUGCUUUAUACAUACACAACUGCGUCAAUUGGUGCUUCUGUGUUUGGUAUCGAUACGAACACUAAGAAUACUAUGGACUCGCCGUUCAUGGACAUGUCAAAAAAGUCCAUAGAACCAUCGCUAUUCCAAACUGUAUCUGUUUUCUUAUCAGAUACUUUUCCGACUCUGUUUAAAUUAUUAAGGAUCAGAGUAUUUGGAGAAGUCGAAGAUUUUUUUAUAAGUACAGUGAAAAAAGUCAUGGAAAGCAGGAAACACGAUUCUCAAAAGAGACACGACUUUAUUGAAAUCUGUUUAGAAUUGAAAAAGCAGGGGACGAUGCAAGACUUGGCAACAGGUUAUGAACUGGAACCGACCGAUGAAUUGUUGGCUGCUCAAGCAUUUUUCUUUUUCAUUGCUGGUGCUGACACCUCAGCGAAUACGAUGCACUUCACUUUAACAGAACUUGCAAGCAACCCAAAAAUUUUAACAAAACUUCACCAGGAAAUCGAUGGAAUCCUGAAGAAUGAAUCUGAUGAACUCACUUACAACGACAUUGACAAAUUUCAAUAUUUAGACAAGGUGCUAAACGAGGCGAUGAGAAAGUAUCCUCCAAUCGGUGUCAUACAGAGGUUAUGCACUAAGGAAACAGUUCUGCCAUCAGGAGUCCCUAUAGAGAAAGACGUCAUUUGUAUGAUUCCAGUGUAUGCAAUGCAUAGAGACGAAAAAAUUUAUCCCAAUCCGGAUUUAUUCGAUCCUGACAGAUUUGAUACAGAUUUGCAAUCUGGCAAAGGAAAAUACUCUUAUCUGCCGUUUGGGGAAGGCAACAGAAUUUGCAUUGGUAACAGAUUCGCUCGUCUUCAGGUCAAGGCAGGUCUCGCCCGACUCUUGCGACGAUUCACGCUAACCCCACAGGAAUACAAACCAAUCACAUUCGAGAAGAGCCCGUUCGGACUUCGGGCGCCUGACAUCUUUUACGAAUUAAAACCUAGAGAUGUUUAGAUUAUUUAAAUUUACAAUUAAAGCAUGGGUGUUGUAGAUUUUGACAGACUGAGUAUACCAGAUACAUUUUCGGCCAAAGAUGUUAGAGGUCACCACGAAACCCACAAACUCAUCCCGUAGUACAUGUGUGUGAUGCACGCUAGGUCUGAGUCUGGGUGCUGGGUGUCGUGACUGUUUAUGUUAAUUCUAAGUCAUGUAAAACAAUAGCUCAAAAUUGUGUGCUGUGACGUAGUUAUUAUACGUUAUUUCUGAAUGUUAUUAGAUAUUAUAUAACGGCUUAAUGAAAUGGGCACUGGUCAACUAGUAUUAGAUAUAAGAUUAUUACAAUCAACUUUUAAAAUCAUUGGGUGUUAUAAAAAUUUAACCCCAAUAUUUAUUUUCGAGAAUGACUCAUCCGAUUGUUCUUGUUCCAAUUUUUGUCUUUUACUAUGUGAAAACACAAGUGUCUAGACUGUGUGUCAUGUCUCUGACAUUUUUAAAGUUUAAUGAAUUUGAGGGAUACGUCUAUUUUAGAAAAAUGCACUUGGAAAAAUGACACUUUUCUACAGGUUUACCAUUCAUUAAAUGUAAAAGUCACUGCUUUGAAACCUUACAACAAGGUGCAGUGGUGACUCAUAAUACGCAUUUAAAUGUAAACACAUCACAAUAAGUAGAGAUAAAGUCUUGUAUGUUUAUUGUACGGAAUUACAAACAAAGAUAUUAUUAUAUA